AUGUCGCCGGCAUCUGAAAACCAGCGUAAAAAUAUGUCCGAAUCUCAAAUAAAGCGGUCUUCGGUGGAAUCUCGCACUUCUUCACAAUAUCCUAUCGAACUACCACGGAGGUCAUCAAAUAACGGUGAUUUUCAAGGCACGGACGGUGUGUACGGCAAUAAUAUUGGUUCAACAUCACUGGAGAAUUCGGCUUCGAAUUAUUUGCUACCUAACCCUUCAUCUUCUAAUCUCGAUCAAGCUCAACGAACUUCUCCGUCGCCUCAGAGAUUUUCUUCCCCUCCGCAUUAUCCGCCGACCGGUGCCUCCGCAUCGACUUCGGCACUGCAACCACCUGCGACUGGUCUAAAACAUCGACAUACGCUGGAGGUGCCAAGGCCUCAACCAAGCCGAGGUUCAAGGGAUAGUAACGAUACGGUAUAUGCUACUGGCAGAUUCUCUCCUACUGCUGCUGGGUCAUCGCAGCGUCGAGGGUCUCUUAAUUUGGGAAGACGGAAUACGCGUUCCCUGCACUCCGAUGUGCCUCGUGACGAAGUACUACCAGAUGACGACGCGUUGAGGUGGGCUGAAGCAUACCGACAGAAACGGGCAAAGAAAAAGAAGCAAGAAGAGGAUGAUGACAGAGUUCUGGUUGGAACCAAGGUCGACGAGAAUCACGCAAAUUGGACAACAGCAUACAAUAUGUUAACUGGUAUUCGAGUGUCUGUCUCGCGUACAAAUGCCAAACUCGACCGUCCCCUGACCGAUGCCGACUUUGAAACUAAGCAGAAAUCGACGUUCGACAUUGCGGGUAAUGAGUUGGUUCCCUCGGCAAAGUACGACUUUAAGUUUAAGGAUUAUGCGCCCUGGGUUUUCCGACAUCUUCGUGCGCUCUUUAGGUUGGACCCCGCCGAUUACCUGAUGUCGCUUACAGGUAAAUAUAUCCUAUCCGAGCUCGGUUCUCCGGGAAAGAGUGGCAGUUUCUUUUAUUUCUCAAGAGACUACAAGUAUAUCAUCAAGACUAUCCACCAUGGAGAGCAUAAAUUUUUAAGGAAGGUCUUGAAAGAUUAUUACGAGCAUGUUACAGAGAACCCGAACACCCUCUUAUCUCAGUUCUAUGGCUUGCACCGCGUCAAAAUGCCAUAUGGAAAAAAGAUUCACUUUGUUGUCAUGAACAAUCUCUUCCCUCCUCACCGCGAUAUUCACACUACGUUUGACCUCAAGGGUUCCACUGUAGGACGAGAUUAUCGAGAGGAAGAGCUCGAGAAAAAUCCACGCGCCACAUUGAAGGACCUCAACUGGCUUCGACGAAAACGCCACCUCGAGCUAGGAAUACAGAAGAAGCAGCUGUUCUUGCAGCAGUUGGAGCGUGACGUUCGACUCCUGCAAAAGCUGAAGAUAAUGGAUUACUCGCUGUUGAUAGGCAUCCACGACUUGCGAAAGGGAAAUGAGGAGAACCUUAGAGACAAAACUCUACAGGUAUUUAACCCUGGGGGGGAUAGCCCUUCGGAAGAAGGGUUCGAUCCUAGCUCUGUCCUCAUGAGAACGCCAUCGAAGCUGGAAAAUGCACGCAAAGCGAGGGAGUUGCGACAAAUGAUUAAAUCUGAGCGGCCUGUACCCGUAGGCCAAACCAGCAGUAGAAUGCCAGACGAGUUAGCUGAGGGGCAUACUCGAGGUGGGAUGUUCUACAGUGAUGAUGGAGGUUUACGGGCAACACACGAAGAUAACACUGCGGGCGAAGAAGUUUACUACCUUGGAGUCAUCGACUGCUUGACCCAUUACGGAGUUAUCAAGAAGAUAGAGCAUUUUUGGAAAGGCCUAUCUAGUGAUCGUACCCAAAUCUCUGCUCUUCCACCCGAGGAGUAUGGUGAGCGGUUCAUCAAGUUUAUGUCUGGUAUCACAAUGUCUCCAGAAGAGGCCGCAAGGGAUGCGCACGAUCGCGAAGCUGCCGCUGCGCUUGCUGCAGCUGAAAUGGAACGAACAAAACAAGAAGCCUUACAGGUACCUGGAUCCAGUAGCGCGCCGCCUGCACCGUCGUAUUUACCUCCCGCACCGCCAGGUAUGAGAAGCCCGAAUUCGCCCGAGCCAAAUCCUACCGUAGAAAAGGCCAUGAAAAAGGCUACAAAGAAUGAAAAGGAUCUUGCUAAAGAGGAACAAGUCCCGGAACGUAAGAUUACAACCGCCGUAUCACCAGGAGCGAGAUCCAACUCGCAUGCUGUUUUACCUGUUGUUGAAGAGACGGCCGAAGCAGGCUCAGUUGGAGGGCGGAGCCGGGGCGAUAGCGCUAGUGAAUCCCGGCCCUACACGCCAUCGAUAACGGAGAGACAGGAUGGGUUUACUACUUUAGGUCCUCAUGGUAUUGGAGGUAGGGGCCCACCAACGCCGCCGAAGACUAGUUACUUGGAACCUGAGCCUGGAUACGAGGAAGAACGAAAGAGGGGCGGAGUAAGUGGUGGGUUCAGGUUUCUAAGGAGCAAGAUCAGUCGCGAAAGCCUUGGAAAAGCCUUACCGCCAGUCCCCAGACGGAAAAAAGCGUCAACUGAUUAG